UUAUAUAUUAUCUAGCUUGAAAGUGACCUAUUGGACGAUAUAAGAUUCAACUUAACAGAUCGUAUACAUAGUGGAUUGCUAUCUAUGAAAUACAUCUUAGCAGCACACACCAACAAACUCUAUGAAGUACUUCCACACAUUGACGACUUUGACUGCAGAUUGGCUGCAGAAUCAAUUAUAGAGAAACUAAGCUCCAAAUACCAGUUCAGUUCACCACAGGAAUUUCAUACUGCUACCGGAUAUAAAGCCAAGCUUCCAGAUGUACAAUUUGUUAAUUACAAAUCAGCCAUACAGAUAAUGAAAGAACAACCAUUUGAGGCGACAAAAGAACAACGCAAUAACAAUAACGUCAGUUGCCAAGACAACCAGUUUGAUUUUUUAAUCAACAAUUAUGUAAAGACAAAAGACUUGUCAGUGAAAACAAACGAGUGCUUUGUCAAAAUUAAGGAAGGGAUGGUCGUUAAGUUGAAGGUCGCAACAGACGAGUCAGACUUUGCCUUUGGGUGGUAUAAGACUAACCCGUGGAAUCAAAAGAGAUGGGGAUUCUUUUGCAAAUCUACAGAAAACAUGAAGUAAACAUAAACAUUGAGGAGAUGUUGACCUUAUUGGUUAAUUUAUAAAUGAUUAUAAAUACAAGUGUUCUUUGAUGUUAAUGUAUGUUGGUCUGUGUAAUUGCGUGAGAGAGGCUAUGUAUGCAAGAUCAUGUUUGUCUGUGCAAGUUAGAGUGAACGUGCCUGUGAGUGAAUCUUGCGAAACAGUGUGUGCAUUUGUGUAUUUGACAUGAGAUGAAAUAGAGAAAGGGUGGAUGUACUGUUAUUUGUGUUGUAUGUCGGCGUUCAAAAUACUGUGAGUGUAUAGUAGCUUUCUAUUAAAUAAUCAUUAUUGUG